GCAUUCCAAGGCUACAACUACAGGGCAGAGGUGAGGAAGCUCAUCCCCCAGCUGCAUACCCUAGACGACAUACCUGUCACACACACCAACCUGCCAGACACCCAGAAGCUGAACCAGGACUGGUUCAUGGUGAAGGAAGCCAUCAGAGAGAGCAGCCUGCUGGACAGUCUCCUGCCCCGGCUAGAUCACUCCCCCGGAGCCACCCUGCAGAAUCUUGACCCGGUGCUGCCCCUGGCAGAGACCCCGCCCUGGUCCCUGUCUCUGCUGGUCCCGGGGGGACCCCUGCCUGAAGACCUGCUUCCUGAGGACCCAGCCCCAGGAGACCAUGCCAGCAACCUCACCCACGGUGCCUGGCAAGUCCUCUGUGGGAACCCCACCAAAGGCCUGCGAGAGCGUAGACACCAGUGCCAGUACCCUCCCCCAUAGGAAGGUGUCACAGAAGAA